AUGCCUCCACGCAACAACCCCGUCCCCAACGCCAUGCGCCUCUUCAACUGCGCCAUCUGCGACAAGGGCUACCCGCGCCAGCUCGACUACGAGAACCACCUGCGCUCUUACGACCACAACCACCGCCAGCGCCUGGCUGACAUGAAGAAGCUGACCGCCAGCAACGACGCCGAGGGCGCAAAGCCAAAGCAGGGCCUCGAGCUGCAGCGCAUCGAGGGCACCAAGGGCGGCAAGACGGGCAGCGGGAGUCGCUUCACCAAGAUUGGCGCCGCGGCUGCGAGUGGCGGGCUUGGCAAGGGCUUCACCAAGAUCGGCGGCGGCUUCAAGAAGGUGGGGACUGCGGUGGGGAAGGAGGCGGAGAAGAAGGAGGAGGAUGGGAAAGGGGAAGAGCCUGUCAAGGCCGAGGCUGUUGCUGUGAUCGAGACGGUGCAAGCGCCGCAGUCAGACACGCAGCAAGGCGAGGAUGUCGUAAUGGGCGAGGUGGAUGAGGAAGAGGCGAUCACGUGGGAGGAGUACGACUUCACGAAACCAACUGGAUGCGACCAUGUAAAUUGCGCUGGUUGCAAAACGGACGGCAUCUGGAAUGGCACCUGGGUCACCGUUUGA